AUGAAGAGACAGCGGGCCACCGCGGCCACUCGCGGCAGUAACAAUGGCAAGGCCACUCCACCAUUUCCCACCAAGCAGAUGUUUGUGUUAGCAUGCUGCAGGAUAUGUGAGCCAAUUGCUUUCAUGUCCAUAUUUCCAUACAUUUACUACAUGAUCCAAGACUUUCACAUUACGGAUGAUGCGAGCAAAAUCUCUGUCUAUGCGGGAAUGGUUACUUCUGCGUUCACAUUGGCUGAAUUUGCGACUGGGGUUUUAUGGGGCAGACUGAGCGAUAAAAUUGGACGCAAGCCCGUUCUAUUAUUCGGUCUGUUGGGCACUGCCCUGAGUGUGUUGGUAUUUGGUUUCGCUCCAAGUUUGCCGGUAGCCCUUUUCGCGCGGGCUCUUGGCGGGCUUCUGAAUGGAAACAUAGGCGUGUUGCAAACAACGGUCGCAGAACUCGUAACAGUCAAGGAACAGCAACCUCGAGCGUAUACUAUAAUGCCAAUGGUUUGGUGUAUUGGUUCGAUUAUCGGUCCGAUGAUUGGAGGCGCUCUGGCUCGACCGUGCAUCAGCUAUCCGGACUUGUUUCCCCCAGGGACCAUCUGGGACCGCUAUCCUUACCUGCUCCCCAACUUAUUCAGCGCGGCCACUGUAUUUAUCGGUGUUAUUAUCGGCUUCUUGUUCUUGGAAGAAACGCACACCGCCAAAAAGCAACAGCGAGAUGCCGGCCGCGAGCUUGGUGAUCGACUUGUUGACCUGGUUGGCAAGGUUCCUAUUUGCAGGGGGUUGGGUCGAUCUGCGGAAAAGGCAAGUCUUCUGGCAAAUGAUGGAUUGACAGGAUACAAUUCGACCAUCGGCAGCCCCGGUUUGACGGAGUCGGACGAGCCUUUGCCCCUCUACCAGAGCAGAGAGAGUUCACCAAACCUGGCUCCUCGAUCGGACAUAGAUCCCAAGCUUUGCUCCGGCCGUGGACACAGCGAAGUUGACAAAACGGCAGUGGUUAUCUUCACUAAGCCAGUGAUAAUGAAUAUCAUGUCCUAUGGUAUUCUCGCAUUCCAUACAAUGACUUUUGAUCAGCUUUUCCCAGUUUUUUUGAGCACCGAGCGCCCACAGAAUGGCCCAACGAUUGAACUUCCCUUCAAGUUUGUUGAUGGAUUUGGCCUCGACACCAAGACCAUAGGCGUCAUCAUGUCGAUCCAAGGACUGUACUCGCUUCUCUCAAACUACAUGAUCGUGCCCCCGAUAACCACACGGCUUGGAUCCCUUCGCUUAUUUCGGUUACUGGCCUUUUCUUACUUUGCUCUUUACCUCGUUACGCCAUACCUGGUUCUGCUCCCGCAUGGUCUCAGAAUGCCAGCUAUUUACAUGUUGGUUAUCUGGAAAUGCACUUACGCGACGAUGGCGUACCCAAACAAUGCGAUCCUGUUGGCAAACUCUGCUCCGACAAAAGAAGUUCUUGGCACUAUAAAUGGCAUUGCGGCCUCCACGGCCAGCCUGUGCAGGGCGCUCGGCCCAACUGUAUCUGGCUUCUUGUAUGCUGCUGGAUUGCAAACGGGCUACUCUGGGUUGGCCUGGUGGUUCAGUGGACUGGUAACUCUGGUCGGAGCCUACCUGAGUUCGCAAAUUUCCGAGAACGAACAGCAAGUCAUGGAACAGGGAGACGCAGAUUCACUUCUGGAAGAACGUUUGCUAGACGAUUAUGACGAAAGUGACGCUGUUUAA